CCAUAGUCCAAGAUGGCGAAGAAAUUGAACCUAGUGAUUUUGAGCUUUUCAAGCUUGUGUUUUAUCAUUCAAGGUUUGACAAUUAACCCAGAAGACUUGGACAAAUACUAUAAGUGCUAUACGUAUGCUAAAUGCUUUUCAGAUGGACCAUCGGCAGACCAAAUAGAAAAAUGCUUUAGUACAUUGAAACCAGAGGAAUUGAAAUCAGCAUACCAGCUAACGAAAAAUAAUUUCUUCCACUACAAAAGUGAUGACAUUUCCGGUGCAGUAAGAGAAUUUUGCCAUCAUGAUGAUGCUACAAGGCGAUAUGCCUAUAAUCAAACAAUAAAUGGUAUUUUGGCCUACCAUAAGAAAGUUUGUGGUGAUUCAGACAAGGCCGAAACCUGUUCGAGAAGUGAAAAAGGAAUUGAAUGCCUUUUCAACCUUUUGAAACAAUUGAGACAACAGGGAAAAUGCUGUGUCGAUGGAUCAGUCCAAAACAUGGCAUUCAAUGUAUGAUGGAAAACAAAAUAUUCCAUAUUACCAUGAAAGAAAUUUAUAAAAUUCAAGUGAAUUGUCUCUCAUUCUAAAAAGAAGCAAUGGGAAUAUGUAAGAAUUGAAACAAUUAAAUAAAAUCUAAAGAAAUUCAAA